AUGGGUAAACUCGACGGAAAGAUUGCACUUAUUACUGGUGGUUCUACUGGUAUUGGCUUUUCCACUGCAGAGCGAUUUCUUGCUGAAGGCGCGGAACAUGUCUUCAUUACAGGACGACGUCAACAAGCUCUGGAUGAAGCCGUAAAAAAACUGAAUAGUAAACAUGUUACAGCAGUACAAGGUGAUACCUCCAAUUUGGAUGAUCUUGAUCGAUUGUAUAGCAUCAUCAAGAAGGAAAAAGGUCAUUUAGAUAUCAUCUUCGCCAAUGCAGGUGGAGGUGCGUUUGCGCCACUUGGUUCAAUUACUGAGAAAUAUUUUGAUGACACAUUUAACAGCAACGUAAAAGGAGUAUUGUUUACUGUUCAAAAGGCGUUGCCAAUUCUGAAGGAUGGAGCAUCGAUUAUAUUGAAUGGUUCUAUUGUUUCCGUGAAAGGAAUACCGGCGUUCAGUGUUUACUGUGCUACAAAGGCAGCUCUUCGAUCUUUUGCACGGUGCUGGAUUGUUGAUUUGAAAGAACGUAAGAUUCGAGUGAAUGUGGUAAGUCCAGGACCAAUCGAUACACCUGGAUUAGCCGCUUUGGGAAAAGAUGCAGAGGAAACCAAAGCAAUGGCUGAUACAUUCGCAUCGCAAGCAGUUUUGAACCGUCUUGGCACACCUGAUGAGAUCGCGAAAGUAGUAGUUUUUCUCGCUUCAGAUGAUAGUAGUUACGUCACAGGCAUCGAACUUUUUGUCGAUGGAGGUACAGCUCAAAUUUAA